AUGCCCACUACGACCUCUACGGUCUUGAUAGAGAGACCACGAGCUAGCUCCACCACGAGCAUCUGCGUGCAGGACAAGCAGCUUGCACGAGCCGAGAGACGACCGGGGCACCAGCGGCGUUAUGCCCCAAAGACUCGAACUGGAUGCAUAACAUGCAAGAUCCGACGAGUAAAAUGCGGCGAGGAAAAGCCGCACUGCAAACGAUGCACUACCACAGGACGAAAAUGUGAUGGGUACACAACACCAGCCGAAACGAACAAUGCAAGCAGGAGUCCGGAGUCGAUUUCACCGGCCCUUACAAAUGACAUCUCGAGCGACGCCCUUGAACGUCGAACCUUUGAUUUUUUCCGAGCGAAAACCGCUCCCUGCGUAGCGGGCUACUUUCAUGAUUCGCUGUGGGAACGAAUUGUUCUGCAAAUGAGCCACAGCGAGCCCGCCGUCAGACAUGCCGUCAACGCUCUCGGGGCCCUACACGAGGAGAAGCAUCUGCGAAAGGAAGCCGGUAAUGGAGGGAUUGACGUCAGUCUGGUAAAGACUGGGUUUCCAGUCCAGCAAUACUCAAAGGCCUUGAAGGAGAUGCAGACAUUGCUUACCAGUAGUACCGUGUCUCUCGACGUCGUCUUAGUGUGUGCAUUGGUUUGCAUACACUUCGAAGCGUUACGCGAAUCUUUUGUGCCAGCGCUGAUGCAUAUCGAAAACGCCAUCAAACUCCUCCACUCUAAGACUGGUGCCCUGGAUGCGCGGAAAGUGAACCCCAGCCUGGUUCGAGCUGUUAUGCGGGUGGAUCUCCAGGGGACGAUGUACCUCAAUACGAGGAUCCCUGGACUUUCUUUCUUUACAGCUGCUACCGAUUCGAUAUUGCCACAGUCGUUCCACGACUUGACACAAGCUCGGGAUCUCAUCAACACCUGGACGUGCCGAGUUUUUCACUUCAUCCGAACGAUUGGCGACGAAUACAAGCUUCGUAGCGUCGGAAACAUCUCAAUUGAACACAUUGCACAAAGUCUAGAGUUGGAGGCAACAUUUGUCGAACUGGAUCGCCUCUUAUUCGAAUUCAUGCACAAACCCAGUGUAAAGCUGUCUGCCCGAGAGCAGCAUGGGCUUGGAAUGUUACGCAGUCGCGUAAAAGUCAACCGCAUCCAAGCGGCAACAUGUCUGUACUCCGAACAGAUGAGGCUGGAUGCGUUUCUCCCGGAGUUUGACGAGAUUGUCACCAUUUGUUCCUACAUUAUGGGCAGUGACAAUACCGACCAGCGUCUCUUCUCCAUCGGCAUGGACGAGGGUCUUGUGUUCCCAAUGUACUUCAUUGCCUUCCACUGCCGAGACGGCAGAAUACGACACAAGGCCUUGGAUCUGCUCAGAAAACUCCCCGCACAGGAUGGGACCUGGCAUGUGCUGACUACUCUCAAAACAUCGGAAGUACUGGUCAACUUUGAGGAGGCAUUGUGCGACAAGGACCUCGUAUCAUGUGAGGAUAUUCCCGAAUGGCGAAGGGUUCACGCGGUGAACUUUGGCGCAUGGGCAACAGAAGGAGGGCAGCCGAAAAUUACCGUCUCUCUUCGGWCGAGGCCAAACGGCAUGGAUGGCGAAUGGGUCGACGUUGAGGAAUCGUUGACUUGGUCUGUACCAGGAGACACUUUCAGUGAGAACUUUGCGGUGCUUAUGGCGGCUCAACAACACAAACUGCAGGAGCUUGAUAUCGACAGUCCUAAAUCCAGUCCCCAGGCUUUUGGAGGAUAA